AAGCAUUCUGGGAAUUGUAGUUUUCUGGACAGACGGGACAGUCGGUAGCAGACGCCGUGGUGCCGCCUGUUCUCCCGCCUUCAUUUCCCAUCGUGCUGAGGCGGGUGGCAUGGCGGAGAAGGAUGACACCGGACUUUGACGAAGAGGUGGUUUUUGAGAAUUCUCCACUUUACCAGUACUUACAGGAUCUGGGACAUACAGACUUUGAAAUAUGCUCUUCUCUGUCACCAAAACCAGAAAAAAGCACAGUGACAGAGGGACAACAAAAGCCUCCUGCAAGAGCCCUGCCAAAACGAAGCAUCCUGUUAAAAGUGGCUGAAACCAUCAAAAGUUGGAUUUUUUCUCAGUACAAUAAGAAAGAUGACUUACUUCACAAGUUGGUGGAGCCAUCCUCAUUCUUCAGUGAUACUAGGAUUGUGGAUAUUGGAUUCCGACUCGACUCACUACAUACCAUCCUGCAACAGGAAGUCCUGUUACAAGAGGAUGUGGAGCUGAUUGAGCUACUUGAUCCCAGUAUCCUGUCUGCAGGGCAACCUCAACAACAGGAAAAUGGACACCUUCCAACGCUUUGCUCCCUGGCAACCCCUAAUAUUUGGGAUGUCUCAGUGCUGUUUGCCUUCAUUAGUUUGCUCAUUAUGCUUCCCACUUGGUGGAUUGUAUCUUCCUGGCUGAUAUGGGGAGUGAUCCUGUUUGUUUAUCUGAUUAUAAGAGCUUUGAGAUUCUGGAGGACAGCCAAACUACAAGUAACUCUAAAAAAAUACAUUGUCCGUUUAGAAGAUACGGCAACAAAUAGCCGAGCUUUUACUAACCUUGUGAGAAAAGCUUUACGUCUCAUUCAAGAAACUGAAGUCAUUUCCAGAGGAUUUACACUUUUGCUUGACAGGGUCAGUGCUGCUUGCCCAUUUAAUAAAGCUGGACAGCAUCCCAGUCAGCAUCUCCUCGGUCUUCGGAAAGCUGUCUACAGAACUGUAAGAGCCAACUUUCAAGCAGCAAGGCUCGCUACCCUAUAUAUGCUGAAAAACUACCCCCUGAACUCUGAGAGUGACAAUGUAACCAACUACAUCUGUGUGGUGCCUUUUAAGGAGCUGGGCCUGGGCCUUAGUGAAGAGCAGAUUUCAGAAGAGGAAGCACAUGACCUUACAGAUGGCUUCAGCCUUCCUGCUUUGAAGGUUUUGUUUCAACUCUGGGUGGCACAGAGUUCAGAGUUCUUCAGACGGUUAGCCCUAUUACUUUCUACAGCUAAUUCACCUCCUGGGCCCUUACUUACUCCAGCACUUUUGCCUCAUUGUAUUUUAUCUGAUGUGACUCAAGGUCUACCUCAUGCUCAUUCUGCCUGUUUGGAAGAGCUUAAACGCAGCUAUGAGUUUUAUCGGUACUUUGAAACUCAGCACCAGUCAGUACCACAGCGUUUAUCCAAGACUCAGCAGAAGUCAAGAGAACUGAAUAACGUUCACACAGCAGUACGCAGCUUUCAGCUCCAUCUGAAGGCAUUGCUGAAUGAGGUAAUAAUUCUUGAAGAUGAACUUGAAAAGCUUGUUUGUACUAAAGAAACACAAGAACUAGUAUCAGAAUCUUAUCAAAUCCUAGAACAGAAGUUGAAGUUGAUUCAGCCCCAUGUUCAGGCGAGCAACAAUUGCUGGGAAGAGGCCAUUUCUCAAGUGGACCGACUGCUCCGAAGAAACACAGAUAGGAAAGGCAAGCCUGAAACGGUGUGUGAAAACCCACGUUGUACUGUGGUACCUUUGACGCAACCAACUCUACACAUCGCGGACAAAGAUCCAAUCCCGGAGGAGCAGGAAUUAGAAGCUUAUGUAGACGAUAUAGAUAUGGACAGUGAUUUCAGAAAGGAUGAUUUUUAUUACUUGUCUCAAGAAGACAGAGACAGACAGAAGCAUGAGCAUGAAGAAUCCAAGAGAGUACUCCAAGAACUAAAAUCUGUGCUGGGAUUUAAAGCAUCGGAGGCAGAAAGGCAGAAGUGGAAGCAACUUCUAUUUAGUGAUCACGCUGUGUUGAAAUCCUUGUCUCCUGUAGACCCAGUGGAACCCAUAAGUAAUUCAGAACCAUCAGUGGAUUCAGAUAUGGGGACAGUUGGUAAAAAUGAUACUGAAGAGGAAAAUAGUAAACCCUCCACAGCUGACAAUGAAAUAAGUAGUAGGACUGAGUAUUUAUGUGAAAACCCUCUAGAUGGUAAAAAUAAAGACAAUUCUGCAAAUGAAGUCUUCCUCCAAGGAGCUGAAGAAAGAGUGUGUUCCCAAUGUGAGAGUGAAGAGGAAUCUCGGCAGGCGGACGUAGGGAGCCUGUCCACUGCCCAUCCAGCUCCCGGGGACUUAUUACAGCCUUCCAUUAAGCAGAGGCUGGCACGGCUCCAGCUGUCACCGGAUUUUACCUUCACUGCUGGUCUUGCUGCAGAAGUGGCUGCUAGAUCUCUCUCUUUUACCACCAUGCAGGAACAGACUUUUGGUGAUGAGGAGGAAGAACAGAUAGUACAAGAAAAUGAAAAUGAGGUACAAGAGAAGUAGGAACCAAGAUUUACAUGGAGGAUUUUAAAUUAUUGCUUUUAUGCAAGUGUUUUAGCUUCAAGGCUAGAUAAUCCACUAGAAAGGGAAAAUGAGUGUUAAGUUUACUAUAUAUAAAGCUAAGAUGUGAAUUUACAGCAAGAACCCUGGUUUGAACAACUGAUCUGAAAAUAGUAGUUAACCUGUAAAUGGCAAAUCUUUUAGGAAAAUAAGAAAGGUAAGGGCUCUUUUGAAUAAACUGCUCUUUUUUUUUUUGCAGCACAGCUGAUCGAUCUUGGAAAUUCUUUAGGUACUUUUAAUAAGAAACAAAUUUAUCAUUUCUUGCCAGAAUUUGCUACCAUAAAAUGACUGGGAUAAUUCUGUUGCAAGAACAUUAACAUUUAGUAUGACUCCUUUUUACUGUAUUCUUGCAGUUCAUAGCUGCAGCUAUUAUGUUAAUAACAACUUGUUUGUAUUUUAUUUUUGUUUAUACCAGUCUUAAAACAAAGAUACAGGUUCUGAAUAAAAAAAAAAUUGACUUCAUACAAUUAAUGUGUACUGGGGUUUGGAACUAAAAAGUAGUUUCAAAAAUACUGGGGUUAUGACAUUUUUUUUUAUGUUUCCUUGUUCAUAUGUGUAUUCGGUAGUUAAUUUUAAGGUGCCCUAAUAAUCUUUAAAAGAAAAACAUUGUACUGUUUUAAAAAUUACCCUUUCAAAUAUAUUUUGUGUUUUUCUUCUGUUCUUGUUAUAACUAAUAGAGAUGAUGUCAAAGUAGGAUCCGUAUAGUCCAAGGCCCCAUAGUCCAAGGCCCCGUGGGCACCUUUGCAGAAAGUUCUUUGUAUCUAUUUGCCUACAGAUAAUUGGGUGCCGUUAACACAAGCAGAUCAUUUCAGCUGAUUUCUAGCCUGAGGCUAUAUCCUCUCCACCUUAAUGAGAUUCUGGAAACAUCCUGCCUGCUUCCUGGAAAGCAUCCUUGUCUCCUCAGUACUUCAUUUACAACUACCUCUUAAAAGAGGUUGCUUUCCAAAUUGUCCAGUGUCAUGAUUGCAUUUUCAAAAUGUGAUAUUUUCAGGAGUAUAUUGUUUCUUGAAACCUAUAGCUCCUACGCACUGACAUAGUUUAUAGACAUUAUUUGGGGAAAGUAUAGGAAUAAUACUUUAUGCUGCUGUCCUAGAAAGGAAGUUACACAACGAAUAUAGAUUGUCUUUAGAAUUAAGAAACACAUUCAGAUUCCUGUAAACUUAGUACUUUGAGUCAGUAGAUUUAUGUGUACCGAGGAGAUUUUUAUUUAAUUUUUUCCAGUAAUCUUAGGAAAUUUAUUUUUUAUCCUGAGGAAAAACUUGAUUCUGCUUUGUAUGAAAAGUAGAGAUCCUUCGUACUAUAAGUGAUUCUGCCUAUUGCCCAAAAUUCUGGGACUGUCCAUAAUCAAGCUCUUAGAAAUAUCACAGGGUGGGCCCAGUUUACCACUUAGAAGUAGCUAAAUUUCAAAAACAAAAAUCUUGUUUUGAAACUGACAAUCAUAUUCAUAAAUAAUAAUAUUUUCUUUUUAGAUUACAUAGUUUGCCAAGUCUUUUUCCCCUUGGAUUUAGAAGAAGCAAUUAUGGGAACACUUGGUAAUUGUUCCCCUAAUCUGUGACCUUACACAGGAAGAAUUAGAGUUUAAUAAUUUUUAAUUCUUUUAUUGUAUUAUUUUUAUUUACACCAGCUUGGGGAAAAUGUCUUCACAAUAUUUCAUCAGUUUUAUUCAAUGCUCUCUAAGCAUUGAAAGACUGAUUUUGUUAUAAAUUUUUAAAAACUAAUUUUAAUGAGGAAUUCCUAAUCUUCCAAUCUGAUCUGUUUUAUCUGCAAAUAUUCUUCUUGUUGAAACCAUAAUAUAAGGAUCUUGGGACUUUAAUUGAAGGUUCUUUUUUUGCGUAGUUUUUAAAAUGUCUUUCAUCUUAUAAAAUAUUGCUGAGAUAAAAUAGUAUCUUCCCUGUGAAUAUUCCUAAUGUUCUCUUAUAGUAGUCUAAAAGUCAGUGUUCCUCAGUUUUUGUUUUUGUUUUUUAUAGGACGCCUAUAUUAGAAUAAACUGGAGGUCUUAUUUUUAAAAUGCAGAUUUGGGGCCAUAACUCCCAGUCAUUCUUAAUCAGUCAUUUUGGGAUGAGACCUAGGUGGUGUGUAUGCUCAGUCAAAUCUAAGAACCUCUGUCUAGGACUUUGUUUUCCUUGCCAUGGAUAUCUUAGGAAAUUAAAACAAAUACGCCAAUGUGACAUAAGUAGGUAUUCUUAUUACUUUUCUAAGAAUAUUUUACUUUGUAUUAUCAGGCUUUUGACUAGUUUUAAUAGUUGACAUCCUGCAUCUAAAAGAAGCCCGCUGGGAAAAAUAUUUUGUGAUGCAAAACUUGUAAUUAUGCUUUCCAAAUUUUACAGUGAUAUUUUGACAGGAUAAUUCUUGUUAAGAGUAAUAUCCUGACAGCUUUUGAUAUGAACACUUCCAGAGUUUAUUUUACCAGGACAGAGCCGGUACAGAAACUAUUUAGGGUCACUCUUGAGGACAAAAUUUUUACACUCUGCCUACAGUGAGGAAAGUCAUGGCAGUAAAUGACCUAAUAAUGGUUAUCAUACCUUAAAUUCUUAUUUUUUUUCAGCUAUCAUUAUUAAAACCCGCAUAUCGGGACUAUCUAGGACCAGACUCUUACUGGUCUUUGAUUUGUGAUCUUUGGCUUAUUUUUUAAGUUGUCUGUAUUAUCUGCCUUCACUGGUUAAGUCUUCUUUAAAAUUGUACUUCAUUAAAAUUGUAUGUUUGAAUAUAUUUAAUUAAGAACUCAUGUAUUGACUCAGGUUUGAUUUCUGAAGUUAUUGGAGACAAGUCAGGAGAAACACAUUUAAGGCAAAUUGCUAAGGAAAUUUAAGAAUAUGGUUUUAAGGCUUUAAUACAAAAAGGCUUUAAUACAAAAUUAAACUUUAAUCUAAGUUUAAAUCUCAGAGCCAUCAUUUAAAAGCUAUGGGUGCAGUUGACCUAAUAAUGUCAUGGGGAGUUUUUCCAGCAAAAACCAAAUUCUCUGGAUUGCUAAAUCAUGUUGGUAAAUUCUUACUCCUCAGAAGUAGUUAAAAAAGAAGUGAAACUUUUGAGGCUGAAAAACAAGAUCUGGUUAUAAUUAUGUUAGUAAAAUAGGUCAAUUUUCUUUAAAAAAUAAAUGCUAAUAUUCUGAUUCACAUAAUGAAGGUGGUGAAUGUUAAAGCAUAAAAAAUUAUGUUUUGAUACAUUUCACAAAAUUAUAAAUCAAUGGAGUGUUGAUUGGAAGGGAGCCUAGGAGUCAUUUCACUCUGGUGACUUAUAGUGACUUAUACACUAUAAGUAAUGUAAAAUAUGAAGUAUUUUGAUAAAUUAUUAGAAAUCAUGUGGGAGGAAAAAUUCAACUGAUUUGGUUUAAUCAUAGGACAUUGUUUCCAUACCCCAAAAAAACAAGGAAAUAAGAACUAAAUGCCAUGAGACUAUGCUAUAGCUCAGCAGACUCGUUAUUUGAACUAAAGUAGAUAGCAUGCUAUGAAUGAAACACAGACAAAGCAAAAAUUGAUUUAUUCUUCCAUUUCUGUUGAUCACAACAUGUCUCUGUAAUUCACACUUAUAGUAGAAAAUGAAGCUGUAAACAUACUAGAAACAAAAAUAUAGGAAAAAUACCAUAAGUACAGUAACAAUUUAUUGACAGGUAAAUAACUGACAGUAAUUAUCGACAGGUGACUAACUUGCAUGAGUUAAUUUUUCAUGUAACGGAGGCAAAUCCAUUUAAUCAUAACAGUUUUUAAUAAUUUAAUAGGAGGGGCACCUGGGUGGCUCAGUCGGUUUAAGCAUCCGACUUCGGCUCAGGUUAUGAUCUUGAGGUUUGUGGGUUUGAGCCCCAUAUCGGGCUCUGUGCUGACAGCUCAGAGCCUGGAGCCUGCUUUAGAUUCUGUGUCCCUCUCUUGCACUGCUCCUCCCCUGCUCAUGCGCGCUCUCUCUCUCUCUCUCUCUCAAGAAUAAGUAAAACAUUUAAAAAAAUUUUUUAAAUAAUUUAAUAGGAAAAUUUUUAGAAUGUACUUUCUGUACUUUUUUCUAGAAUAUUUAGGAUAUAAUUUAACUUUUUCUCAGUCAUCUUUAAGGAUAUCAGUUCCUCUCACAGGGUAAUAAACAGAAAUGCACCCUCAGGAGCAACUGAGAUACAUAAUGUUCUUUGCCCCUUUACCCUGUGACCCUGCAGAACUUUGCUUUUUGAGCUAGGUCUGGUUUUCACAGUUUCUCUAUCUUCCCUUAAAACCAGCUGUCACUUUUUGCUGCUGUCUUGUGUGCCUGCCUCUUGCACUAGGUCCCCAAUUUGCUGCUUCUCAUCUGCUGUGGGCUGAGAAACCAGAUUGCCAACCUUGCUAGAAUUGUGUCUAAAAUAAGAGUAGACUGAAAGAAGGCUAAGGGACUUUUCUGUCAGUUAUGUGCAUGGCCUUUGUGGUACCUAUUUGGCUGCUUAGCAUACUUUUGUUUGCCUGAUCACUCUUUACUAAGAACUUGCUAAAAAUACUUGGUUGAAUAUGUGAUUGCCAUAUAUUUAAAGUAUUAAUUCAGUUUUUAUAUGUUGGUGUUUCUAGGACUUUCCAUUAAUGAAUUCAGCUAUAAAAGAGAAUUUGAUUAUUAUCUUUGUAUAAAUCAUUGUGUAUAUUUUAGGAAAGUGUUUUGUUUUUGUUUUUGUUUUUGUUUGGUUUUUUUGCUCAUUAUUCCUAGUAUAGGACACAGACUGAAAACUUAAACAUUAUAAAUAUGACUCCAACUCUGUCCACCAAGAUUUAUAUUCUAGAACUAUAGGUUUGAGACUAAACAUGCAUGGCUGAUUUAGAAAGAACUGGCUAACUGGAUAUUUGGAGAAUGACUCAUUCUAGAUAUCCCAGUUUUCUAUAGAACUUAAACCUCUUUAAGCAUUAAAAUUUUUCAGAAUAAUUUCUGAAGGUGAUCUUUUUAAAACAAUAUGCGUUGCUAUCUUAUUAAACAAUAUAUGAAAAUCAUUUAAAUCUUUUUUGAUGUCAAAAUGAUCAUUAUUAACAACAGUUAUCAUACUGUGAUAGUCUAAUUAAGGCACUGAGAGCUACAUGCCCUUUUACUAAAUGGCUCCAUUCUGAUGUGCUUUUUGCAUUUUCUUGUCUUUGUUUUCUGAUAGCAGUUCUCAUUCCUCCAGUUUCUCCAAAUACCGCUUAAGUGUACCCAUAGCAAUGGCCUUUCUCCACCUUCGUUAUGCUCCUUCUAGUCUGUUUUGGUUUCGGAAACCAGGUAACUAAAACAGCUAGAAUAAUGUAUCAAGUAAGAACAAAUUGACUCAGUGAAGACCUAAAAACCUGGAUUAUACUUAAAUGCAUGGAUUUUGUGGGUAUCUAUUACUACCUAUUUCAUUGCUAUCUUUAAGUGAAGUUACUAAAUUAGGUACCUGCUCUCAAAAUAGAAGAGCUGUUAUUGUACAAAAGGAAUGAUUAUGUUUCUAUACUUUACCUUCUCUACAUUCUAUUCUUUAAUUUUUUGGCUCUGAUUAAAACCAGCCAACUCAAAUUAGCAUUUUCUACAGUACUUUCUAGUUGAAUCAGAUACCACAUGUUGCUAAGAAUUUCUUUGGCUAGGUUGGUUGUUGUUACUUUGAUUUUGUUUUUAGAGAAAUGUAUUUUCAUUUCUGAAACAAUGAAGUAGGUUGAGUCCUGGAAAAUAAGAAAACUUUCAUAAUUGAUAUCCUAGAGAACUGAAAAGUAAUAAGGUCUUUAGACUCUAGGCAGUUUUACCACAAAGAAUUUAUUCUUUGAUGUGCAGGAUUUUAACACAACAUCUUUAUUUUUAUUCAACGCAAUGUAUGUUAAAAGUUUGCCAGAAGUUAUCAGUGUUAGAGCUAAUGAUGUUGACAGAUAUUUGAAUGACUAAAUACCCAGUGUCAUUCUAUAUUUUGCGUGUUUAAAUUACCAUUUGAUGUUAAGCAAACAUGAUGAUUUUUCUCUCUUGAAUGAAAAAUAAACACGAAAUUCACAUGUUACAAUGUUUGCAAGUAAAAUUCAGAUUUGUCUAGAAAGGGAUACCCUCACCUUGAAUAACUUAGUUUUACAAAUAGGCUGAUUAUGUUUUAGUCCAUACGUUGAUUCAUCUAUCCAUCAUAUACAGGGUAAUUGGAAAAUCAGUCUAUGGCCAUGACACAGCUUAACAUUAUUCAUAUACUACUGGAAGGGAAUUGUGAUAUAAUAUUCACUUAAAAAUAGAGGAUCCAAACCCGUUUCUUGAGUUGAGACUGCCAUUACAGAAUAAUUAUGACGCCAACCCCUGGUUGGUGGUACAAAGAGAGAAAUUCUCUUUGAGUAUAGUUGCAAGAGGAAAGUGAUUCUACUCAGUAUAAUUGCUAUAAAUUGAAAAGAGGAUGAAGUGAUUACAGGAUUCGCAUAUACAAAGGUAUAACAUGAAUAAAUUCUAAAAUGUGUGAUCAAUUAAAAUGCAUAUGUUAUUUUUUAAAUGCUGUACAUUUUAAUAUAUUUUAACCUGUCAGCAGUUGAGUUAAUCUGUUUCAUCCCUGUUUACUGAAUUUCAUUUGGCACAUAUCAAACAUGUUAUUGAAACAGGACAGUAUUUAAGUUGUGUAUACUUCUGAUACACUGUUUUUCAAAGUGGGUAUAUUCUAUGAGCCAUUGUUGUAGAAAUAUGUAUUUCCCAUCAUAUUUGUAUCUUAAGAGUUUCUCAAGAUAAAGAAUAAUUCUAUUGUUUUGAACUUUACAUUUUUCACUUUUAUAGCAUUUCCUAAAGGUUGGCUACCUACAAAAUGAGUUUAUUUCAUCUUUGAAAUUUUUUCUAAAACUAAAGCAUGUCUUUCACAAGUUUUUUGUUUUUUAUGAUAUCCUAAGAAGUUACAUAUCCUUUACCCCUCCCAAAGUAAAUUUUAAAAUUAAUUCCAAGUUUAAGUCAAAGUAUUUUCUGCACAGUACUGGCACCUGGAAACGUACAGAAAACUCCAGAAAUGUUACUCCCCUUCCUUAAACAUUGUAUGGUCUGGUACAGCCCUGGAGGUCCAUAUGAGUGAAAAGCCCAGAAGUCACCUGAGCUGAAAGCACUCCCAAGGAGUUUCGUUUUGUUUGGGUUUGUUCUAGGUAUGGUCCCAGGGAUCCCAGAUCAAACCAGGCCCCUGGGCCUAUCCUAGAACCAACCUAAACUCGCGCAUCAUUCCCGGAACAUCAAGAGUGUGAAGACUGAAGAUAACCUGAGGCUGACUAGACUUCCUACGUUCACCAGAACUCACUUUUUUGUAUGUGUGCCUACAUUUUAGCAAAAAUUGGUUCAUUAAUCCUUCCAAAAUUAGAGGAAUGACAGUGGGUAACAAGGUAAAGUCUUACCAGACUUUGACAUUGCAGUUAUCACAGUAGAAAUGUGAUCUAUAAUAUGGUUAUUAUUAAUUGCUAGUAGGAGAACUGUUCUUGUAACUUAUCAGAUUUCUAUUUUGUGGUUAAAUGACAUUGUCACACAAAAAAAUUUCUCCCCUAAAUUAAUGGUUUCUUUUUUCUUUGGCUUUGUCAAACACUUUCUACUCAACAACAUGAUUAACAGUCUUGUUUAAUUAUGCAUCAUCUCUGAAAGGCAUUUGGUCUUUGCCCUCUGACUCCAAUGCCGAGUAAUUUUAAAAUCUUUUUUCUGGAGACCAGUGCCUUUUUUCUUGUAAUCUUUUGAAUCCACCACACUGCUUUGAGCUUGUUUUUUAGGUUCAGUUCUGGGAAGAACAGCAUCAUUUCAGACUCAUUGUAGAGGCUACAUUUCAGAAUCUGCUAUGGUUGAUAAAAAGCAUGAUAGAGUGAAAAUGGAUUAAUACUUUACAGAUUACUGAAGUGUUUUGCAGAAUAAGGUUUUUAUUAUUAUUAUUUUGUUGUUGUUCCCUGCUGCUCUGGGUUUUUAAAAGAUUGUGACCUACUUGAUUCAUCACAUGGUCUCCUACCAUAACUGUGACAUUGCUGUUUUAUUUCGUUUGAGGACAGGAUUUCUGAAAAGGCAUGAAAAGGCCCCAAACCCAAAGGUUAUGAUACACAAUGGAAAUGUAUACUUUUGGUAAUACUGGCAUUUCAGUAGGUUUAGACCAUGUUUGAAAUAAUUGCAGACAAAUCAGGGAUUCCAACUGUGAAAAGAGCCCAAAACUGUGCUGUUCCUCCAAGCCUCGUUACCAGAAAAAUUGGACCAGUGAGUUAUCCUUUAAAAGAGGACCGUGAGUUUGAGGCUCAUUCUGAAGAACUGAACCCUGGGAUUAGAUCUGUACUGCCUUCAUCACAUAGAUGCUUCAUCCCAUGGCUUCUAUUAUUUUUGCCUUUUAAAUCAUAUUUGAUUACCCUUCUCAGUGUUUUCUUUUUUGCACAGUGUUUCCUGUUUACAUAAAUCAAAACUAUACAUGUUAGUACUGUAUAUGUAUGUAUUUUUUUGAUAAAACGAAACCUUGGAUCUAAAGAUCUUUGGAUUUUGAUUCCUUUUAAUGUCAAAUGAUUAAAAUGCUUUUACUGUCUUGUAAAUUCACUCUUAAUUUAUGCCUCAAUUCUUCCAAUUAAUUUUUUCUAAUGAACUACAUUACAAUUAAAUAGGUGAGCCUUAUAUCAGUUUCUUCCAGAAUUUAUGACAUUUUGCAUUCACCCAAACAUGACAGUGUUCUAACAUCAGCAAUCUUGUAUCCAUGCACUGAUCUGUAAGCAUAGGUGACUAUUUCUUGACAUAGCCUGAAAUGUAUGAACCCAUCUUAUGUUUAUGUUCAGUAAGUGUUCUCAGUAUUUGAGGAGCAUUUGCAUUCUCUUUUGACAUUGUUAAUUAUGAACACCUAAAAUAGGAAUGUGAGAACUGUCUUACAGAGUUCAGGCUUGUUUACAUAGUAAGUUUCUAAAGUCAGUCUUCACUCCAGUCUUAACACUGGAGUGUGUUAAACUGUAUUUUUUUUAAUACCACUUAAAAAUAUCCUUUAUUUUAAUUUUUACUUUUUGACCACUUAUAUUUUAUGUAGAACUGUACAUCUCCUGCCCUACCUAAGAUUUUCUCAUCAAUACUUUCUUUGCUCGCUUGAUAUAUCUUACCAUACUGAAUUUUUAAAGGAUUUUUACAAAAACCAACAGUAGGUUUGUAUAUGUCUGUAUUAUUGUUGUUCCUCCUAAGCUUAACUAGUCUCUAAUAAAAUCUGUACUUCUUUGUG